UCUCCACCAGGAAAAGUAAAGGAUGCAGUGAAGGCUGCCAUUGACAUUGGAUACCGCCACUUUGACUGUGCCUACGUGUACCAGAAUGAGAAUGAAGUAGGGGAUGGGAUCCAGCAAAAAAUCAAAGAAGGGGUUGUGAAACGAGAGGACCUCUUUGUCGUCAGUAAGCUGUGGUCCACAUUCCAUGAGAAAUCUCUGGUGAAGGGAGCAUGCCAGAAAACUCUUGAUGCAUUAAAACUGAAUUACCUGGAUCUGUAUCUGCAUAUUACUUGCAGAAGUAAAAGGAGAAUUGCUAUGGAAGAGCUGGUGGAUGCAGGACUGGUGAAAGCCAUUGGAAUCUCCAACUUUAACCAUGAACAGAUCGAGAGAAUCUUGAACAAGCCUGGGUUAAAAUACAGGCCUGCCAACAACCAGGUAAGCUGCUUAAAGGCAACAGCUCGAUGUCUCCGAGAUCAUGAGGAUCUGCUCAUGUCAGUUCUUUUACAGUGGGGAGGUAGGGAGCGGGCAGAGAGUAGGCACAGAAUGCAUUUUCAGCCCUUCUAGAAUUCUGAAGGGGCAGCUGAGGGAAUGAAUGUUAAUAAUCACUGUAAGAACUAUGUAUUUUCCUGACUGAAAAGAACUAAAUGCUUUACAACAGAGGUAAGUAUCAUUAUCUUCAAUUUACAGUGGGGAAGCUGAGACACAGAGUGGGGACGUGUGCCUACUUCAUGUUAAAGUAGUCCUACUUGAAAUGGGACAACCUCAAUGCGAACUAGGUACCUUUUCCUUUCUCACCACCAGGAUCUACCCAGGGCAGUUAAAACGCAGCACUUUAGCAUGCUGUACAAUUUACACCCCCUGUAGUCUGCACUGCUGCCGUGUAGACAACCUCUAAGAAAGCUAAGAGCACCAUUCUGCAAGGGGCUGAGAACCUUCCAUUCCCAUUGACUUCAGAGGCUGUUGCCAGGCUUAAGCCAUAUGUGAGAGAAUACAAGUGUUUAUAACAGAAACAUCUUGCCUAUACUUCAGCUACUAAAAACAGCUACAGUAUAGUGCAGGGGGGUUAAGUAAUGGCUGUGAUAGGAAAAAUAAAUGAAUUGCUUGACUGGUCUGUUUUUAAAAUCUCGAGUAGAAAACAAAUAGAUUGUGGUGAUUACCUUUCCCUGGUACCAUGGUGUAAAUGAUCCAAGUUCAAUAAUGGUUCCCUUAGCAAAGGAACAAAGGGGAGGGUUACUUGAAUGCCUAAAUGAAAAUGGAAAAUAAUAUCUGAACCUCAUUCCUGUACAGUAUCUUGUUAGUAAUAGUAAUAUUUCAAAAUCAAUAUGUGCCUCCUUCCUAUGGAUGUUGAAAGUGUAUCUAACCAAUUCAGUUAAAUUAAUUUUCUUACAAACAAUCAAAGAUAGAAGUAGGUUGGCUGGUCAAGUUGGCUAGUUCAAGGUUUUCAAUGUAAAAGCAACUUUGUUAUUUAGCAUUUGGGGUUUUUUUGUCUUCUGCUCAUAAAUUAGAGCUCCUGUCCAGCUAACAGAGCAAAGACUAAUAGUCUUUGCAUAUUUCUAGUUCCAUACAAAAUACUUUAGACUAGCUCUCUUUUGGGGGGGUGGGGUAGCAGGGGAAAUGUUAAGUUGGAAUUUCUGUGGCAUAGAACUUAGAGGGGGAAGGCCAAAGGAAUCUGUAUUUAACUGAAACGGAGAUUGAUAGUGUGAAUUCAUUUAUUCCUUAGACUGCCACAUGGCAAAGGCAAAAGAGCUCCAUAUCAAAUGCUGCCCCUUUUCAUAUUUUCAUUUGAUGAAGAAGUACAGCAAUUGGGUGUUGAUAGCCCUUGGCCUACAUAACUUUUUUUGGAGCAAAUUAAUUUUUGAGAACAAACUGGGAACCUGUUAACACAAGUCAGAAAUAAUUCUAAUGGGUGUCUGUUCCCAAGAAUAGAUGUGUAAUGCAUGCAUAGCCCAAUGAUCCAUGAAAUCUAGAGGAUGAAAAUCCCACUCAGUUAUUUGCAGAUAUUUUCAAACAUUCUUCUGUAAACACACAUGAACCAUUCCAUCUGCAAUUCAUUUUGGAAAAAAUCCUAAUGUUUAAUCUUUGAUGGAAGGUCUUUUCCUUUAACCCAUAUACUCGCUCAUUGCUUUAUACGGGGGGUAGCAAUCGUUUAAAGUAGUUUCUAUAUAUUCUAUUAGGUCAGGGGUUCCCAAACUUGGUUCACAGCUUGUUCAGGGUAAGCCCCUGGCAGGUCAUGAGAUGCUUUCUUUACCUGAACAUCUGCAGGUAUGGCUGCUCCCAGCUCCCAGUGGCCACAGUUCCAGACAGUGGAAAGGGGCAUUUUUGUUAUAUACUGUACAAGCAGCUGAAUUUCUGCGUGCUGAGGAAACAAAAUAGCCAUGCAGCGUAUAUCCAGCUGAACCCAGCCGUGAGCUGUGCGUUGACUGUUGUUCCAAACUAUUUUAGGAGUUUUGGGAAACUGCCACAUGAUCA